AAGGCCUAUCCCCAGAGGUUAGUGGGGCAGAUGGAUGAUCACCUGCUAGCGGCAAGACCCAGUCCCUGAACGCACUGCUUUAUACAGACGCUCCCCUCCCGGAAAGAGUUCUGACCGCCCGGCAUGAGUAGCAGCUAAUCCAUAAUUUUUUUGUAAAAUGGGGAACACCAAUGCGGCUGGAGCAUGCUGCGUACCACGGCCUUCAGAAAUGGUGGUUGAUCACCCAGAGUUUGAGAAGGCCGGAAAAGCCCCCGGCCUCCAGGUAUGGAGAAUCGAGAAGUUUGAUCUUGUGGCCGUUCCAAAGAACAUGUACGGGUCCUUCUUCACCGGAGAUGCCUACAUUGUCCUGAAUACCAUCAAGCAGCGCUCGGGGAACCUGCAGUACGACCUGCACUUCUGGCUGGGCAAUGAGUGCACUCAGGAUGAAAGCGGGGCUGCGGCUAUCUUCACCGUGCAGAUGGACGAUCAUCUUGGGGGGCAACCCAUCCAAAAUCGCGAGGUCCAGGGGUACGAGUCAUCGACUUUCCUGGGUUACUUUAAAUCUGGCAUCAAGUACAAGGCAGGUGGAGUGGCCUCGGGUUUCACACAUGUGGUUCCCAAUGAUGUGAAUGUGCAGCGACUGCUCCAGGUGAAAGGCCGACGCAUGGCCAGAGCCACAGAGGUCGACGUAUCCUGGUCGAGCUUCAACCAGGGAGAUUGCUUCAUCCUUGAUCUGGGUGAUGAAAUCUACCAGUGGUGCGGCUCAAAGGCCAACAGGUUCGAGAAGCUGAAAGCUACAAGCGUCUCCAAAGACAUCCGGGACAAUGAGCGCCACGGCCGCGCCAAAGUCUACGUGGUGGAGGAGGGGAUGGAGAGAGAGAAAAUGAUUCAGGUUCUGGGAGAUAAGCCAGAUCUACCGGAGGGACCCUCAGACGACAUUAAAGCGGACGCUACCAAUAGGAAACUUGCGAAGCUUUACAAGGUCUCCAAUGGCGGUGGAGCCAUGUCUGUGUCGCUGGUUGCCGACGAGAACCCGUUCACGCAGUCCGCCCUCAACUCUGAUGACUGUUUCAUCCUGGAUCACGGCUCCGAUGGAAAGAUCUUCGUAUGGAAAGGUAAAAAUGCCAACUUGGAGGAAAAGAAAGAGGCCUUGAAAACCUCUACAGAGUUCAUCUCCAAAAUGGGAUACCCCAAACAAACCCAGGUGCAAGUCCUGCCGGAGAGUGGAGAGACUCCGUUGUUCAAACAGUUCUUCAAGAACUGGCGGGAUAAGGACCAAACGGAAGGCAUGGGCGUCGCGUAUAUUCCCAACCACAUUGCCAAAAUCGAUAACGUUCCCUUCGAUGUCAGCUCAUUACACGAAUCCACGGCCAUGGCGGCUCAGCACGGAAUGGUGGAUGACGGUUCUGGCGAGAAACAGAUUUGGCGCAUUGAAGCUUCGGAGAAAGUGCCAGUAUCCGAAUCGCAUUACGGACAGUUCUACGGCGGAGACAGUUACAUUAUUUUAUACAAUUACAGACACGGAGGCAAAAAGGGCCAAAUUAUCUACACCUGGCAAGGGCUGGACUCUACGAAGGACGAGAUAACGGCCUCCGCCUUCCUGAGCGCCCAGCUGGACGAAGAGCUUGGGGGUGGCCCGGUUCAGGGUUCAAGGACCCAGGUCAGAGUCGUCCAGGGCAAAGAGCCCGCCCACUUGUUGAGUCUGUUUGGUGGGAAACCGCUGAUUGUCUACAAAGGGGGAACGUCCAGAGAUGGUGGUCAGACGGCCGAUUCAGACACGCGUCUCUUCCAAAUCCGGGCGUCGUCCUCUGGGUUCACCAGAGCAGUGGAGGUGGAUGCCACCGCCAGUAAUCUGAACUCCAAUGACGCCUUUGUCCUGAAGACUCCCUCUGCCACCUAUAUCUGGAUAGGGCAGGGUGCUAGCGAUCCUGAGAAACGGGGUGCCCAGGAAUUACUGAGUGUGCUUGGAGUGUCUGGGUCGCAGAUAGCUGAAGGCAGAGAGACUGACGACUUCUGGGGGGCGCUGGGUGGAAAGGCGCCGUACCGCACUUCCAGCCGGCUGAAGGACAAGAUGAACACCCACCCGCCUCGCCUGUUUGCCUGUACCAAUAAAACCGGGCGUUUCAUUAUUGAGGAGGUCCCGGGCGAGCUGACGCAGGAUGAUUUGGCCACCGAUGACGUUAUGCUCCUCGACACAUGGGAUCAGGUGUUUGUCUGGAUCGGUAACGAAGCGCAAGAGGAGGAGAAGAAAGAAGCCUUGUCAUCUGCUUCCAAGUACAUUGCGAGUGACCCUGCCAACAGGGAUAAGAGAACCCCCAUCGCAGUUAUCAAACAAGGGUUUGAGCCCCCCACAUUCACUGGCUGGUUCCUUGGAUGGGACAAUGAUUUCUGGGACGUGGACCCUCUGGAGAAAGCGUUGGCUGAGCUGAGUAUGUGACGUCUGAGCUGAGCCCUUGGUGGACCCGGUGCCUUCACUUGCCUAUGAGAAUCGCUGUAGCCCACCAGAGACUUUUCAUAGCACCCCCCUCUCCCCACUAGCUGUGCAAUAACCAAAUGUUUGUUAUACCUUCCAGUUUUACUUUUGGAUAUUUUAAAAGUAAUAAAGCUUGAAGAGAACUGGAA